CGCGCUUCUCCUAGGAAUAGGGGGAGAUCUGCAGAGAGAGAUUUAGAGACUCAGAGAAUCAAGGGGAAGGACGGACACAGAGAAAAAGAUGGAGAAAGAGGCAGAGAGAUAAAGAGACACGAGGAGAGACUGAGAUGAACACCGAGAAGCAUCCAGAAAGAGACAAGCGUGGAGACACCCCGCCAGGGCCAGGGAAGCAAGCCCACAGAGACCUCCGAGCUGGCUCACUCUCUCGUGGGGACAAGGAGGUCGUCAGCACUCACAGAGGGACUUAAGGCAGGAGUCCUCACUACUUUGCCAGUCUCUUCUCUCCCCUCAGCUCCCUGUGUUUCCGACUCUGUCUCCCUGUUCAUCUGCCUGUGACACGUGCUGUCCCUGCCCCCAACCCAAGAAACCCUGGGCCAGUAGGCAGUGGCCCCCAGAAGGACCAGCCAUGCAGACGCUGAUCGCAACACUGGUUCUGAUUGUGGCAGCCCAGGCAGAGCUGAAGGACAAGGUGCAGCAUGGCGGACCCUGUGAGCAGAUGUCUCACCCUUACCAAGCUGCCCUGUACAACUCAGGCCACUUGCUCUGCGGAGGGGUCCUCAUUCACCCACUGUGGGUCCUCACAGCUGCCCACUGCAAAAAACCGAAUCUUCAGGUCUACCUGGGGAAGCAUAACAUUUAUGAAACAGAACACUUCCAGGAGCAGAGCUCUGUUGUCCGAACUGUGGUCCACCCUGGCUACAAUGCUGGCACUCAUGACCAGGACAUCAUGCUGUUACGCCUGAAGCGCCCAGCCAAUCUGUCUGCACACAUCCAGCCCCUGGCCCUGGAAAGAGACUGCUCGGCCAACCACACCAGAUGCCACAUCCUAGGCUGGGGCAAGACAGAAUAUGGUAAUUUCCCUAACACCAUCCAAUGUGCAUACAUCCACCUGGUACCUCAAGAGGAUUGUGAGCGUGCCUACCCUGGCCAGAUCACCCGAAACAUGGUGUGUGCAGGAGAUGAGAAGUACGGGAAGGAUUCCUGCCAGGGUGAUUCUGGGGGUCCGCUGGUGUGUGGAGACCGUCUCCGAGGCCUUAUAUCAUGGGGUAAUGUCCCCUGCGGAUCCAAGGAGAAGCCGGGGGUCUACACCGAUGUCUGCAGAUAUUGCCAGUGGAUCCGUAAAGUCAUUCAGGGCAGCUAGCUCUGACAUGUGACAUCCAACCCUUGACUUUGAUCCCCACUCGUUGGCUCUAAAAUAUCUCUGACCAAGACCUUGCUUUCCCCUCACCUUCCCAGGUCCAACCCUUCAUGCUUAAUCCUGCCUGACUUGACCCCAGCCCCAUCCUUGCAUCCCUGGCGGCAAGCAGGGACACAGGCUGAGGUCUUGCCUCCACCACUAACAGAAGACAGAAAAACCCCUUCUAAGCAGCCUGCUGUCCCUGAUUAGCCCAUGGGCUUGGUAUCCCCCUACAGAGGAGUGGUCACAAGUCUGGAAAAACCUGAGUUGAAAUCCCAGCUCUGCCCCUUGCUACUCAUGUACCCUUGGGAAGUGCCCUCCUUCACUGUACAGAAUCUCAUCUGCAAAAUGGGGCUAAUAACAGUAAACUCCUCAUAAAUCAGUGGCUGCCGUUGGGAGGAUUCAAGGUCUCCAAUACGUUGAAAUAUGUGCACUGGUGUCUGGCACACCUGCUUGCUCAAUAAAGAGGGAAUUUCACUGUU